CACUUAUUCGCAUUGGUCACACGUUUUUUCCCAUUCCCAUUUGGCGCCAAAUUCCUGCUCACCAUACAAGAGCAGCUGCUUCUCACUCUCUUCCACUAAUCGCCGGCGAGUUUUUCUCCGGCGAAAUAAAACCCUAGCGAGCUUUAUACCUCGGAAUUCGCGCCGAGUAACUUCUCCGAUUGCUCCUCUAUUAUCUGCCGCUUACUUCAAUGACGGAACGGCGUUCUAAACGACCCAAAAUCACCAGGGGCGAAGAUGAUUAUAUGCCAGGAAACAUAACUGAGAUUGAACUUCAUAACUUCAUGACAUUCAGCAAGUUGACAUGCAAACCUGGCUCCCGAUUAAAUCUUGUAAUUGGACCAAAUGGCUCUGGAAAGAGUUCUCUAGUCUGUGCAAUAGCACUUGGUCUUGGCGGUGAGCCUCAACUUUUGGGAAGGGCUUCUAGUAUUGGAGCUUUUGUGAAGCGCGGAGAGGAAUCAGGGUACGUCAAGAUUUCCUUGAGAGGAGAAACCAAAGAGGACCAGUUAACUAUAGUGCGGAAAAUAGAUACUCAGAACAAAUCUGAGUGGAUUUUUAACGGAAAAGCUGUGCCAAAGAAGAACGUAACUGAUAUAAUUCAAAGGUUCAAUAUCCAAGUCAACAACUUGACUCAAUUUCUACCUCAAGACAGGGUUUGUGAGUUUGCAAAGUUAACUCCUGUUCAACUUCUUGAAGAGACUGAAAAGGCUGUUGGGGAUCCUCGGCUACCCGUCCAGCAUGUAGAUCUUAUUAGCAAAAGUGAGGAGAUGAAAAAGUCUGAACGAACUGUGAAGAGCGGCAGAGAGACAUUGGAUCAGCUGAAGGAAGUCAAUUCUCAACUUGAAAGAGAUGUGGAGCGUCUCCGUCAGAGAGAGCAUCUCCUAGCUCAGGCUGAAUCCAUGAAAAAGAAAUUGCCAUGGCUGAAGUACGAUGCGAAGAAGGCUGAGUUUCUGGAAGCUAAAGGGCAAGAGAAAGAUGCCAAAAAGAAGCUGGAUGAAGCUGCUGAGAAUUUGAAUGAACUCAUGGAACCUAUAGAGGAAAAAAAGCAAGAGAAAGCAGAACGAGAUGCUAAAUGCAAAAAACUAAAUGGCCUGUUGGGUGAAAAUGCCAACAAGCGUAUGAAACGUCUGGAUCAGGAUAGCCGUUUGGAUGUUCAAGUGAAUGGAAAAUAUAAAGAAAUGGAAGACUUGAGGAAGCAAGAAGAAUCUCGUCAACGUCGACUUUUAAAAGCUCAAGAAGAUCUUAGUGCUGCCGAAUUGGAACUGGCAAAUCUUCCUCCUUAUGAACGUCCCAGAGAUAAAAUUGAUGGCUUGGGUUCUAAAAUUUUGGAGCUGCAAGAUGGUGCACAGGAGCUAAGGUCACAGAAAUCAGAAAUAGAAAGAACCCUUGAGCGGAAUAGGACAACAUUCAGACAGUGCUCUGAUAAAUUGAAGGAGAUGGAGAACACAAACAACAAAAGGUUACGUGCUUUACAGAGUUCUGGUGCUGAAAAGAUAUUUGAAGCUUACAAUUGGGUUCAGGAGCAUCAACAUCAAUUUAAUAAAUCUGUAUAUGGUCCAGUUCUUCUUGAGGUCAAUGUUUCCAAUCGGAUUCAUGCAGAUUACCUUGAGGGUGAUGUGCCAGGCUAUGUAUGGAAGGCCUUUAUAACACAAGAUGCUGCUGACCGUGACUUCUUAGUUAGAAAUAUGCGAUCAUUUGAUGUUCCUGUUAUAAAUUUGUCAGAUGAAAGUCAGAGCCGUGUUCCCUUUCAAGUUACCGAGGAGAUGCGUAUGCUAGGUAUCGAUUCAAGGCUUGACCAAGUCUUUGAUGCACCUGAUGCUGUCAAAGAAGUUCUAAUCGGUCAAUUUCGGCUGGAUCAUUCUUACAUAGGCUCGCGUGAAACUGACAAGAGAGCAGAUGAGGUGUUGCAGUUGGGCAUCUUUGAUUUAUGGACUCCUGAAAAUCAUUACAGAUGGACCAAAUCCAGAUAUGGUGGUCAUGUUUCUGGCAGUGUUGAAUCAGUGGACCGCUCUCGCUUUUUACUAUGCAAUGUGGAUGCUGGGGAACUUGAGAGGCUCAAGUCCCGGAAACUUCAGUUGGAUGAAGCCAUCUCUACAUUAGAAGAUAAUCUCAGGGAACUUAAGAGGGAGUUGAGGAACAUAGAAGAUGAAGGUGCCAAACUCGAAAGGCAACGUAUGCCAUCUACAAUUGAUGAAUUGGAUGCGGCUAUUCAAGAUACUAUUUCUCAAGCCAACUCCAUUCUUUUCCUGAACCAUAAUGUUCUAGAAGAAUAUGAAACACGUCGGAAAAAAAUAGAAUCUCUUUCAAAGAGUCAACAGAUGGAAGAGGAGAAAUUAAGCAACCUCAUUAGUGAAAUCAAUGCUUUAAAGGAAAGGUGGCUACCGACAUUAAGAAGUCUUGUUUCUCAAAUCAAUCAGACUUUUAGCCGCAAUUUCCAAGAAAUGGCUGUUGCAGGGGAAGUUUCAUUAGAUGAGCAUGGCAUGGACUUUGACAAAUAUGGGAUACUAAUUAAAGUCAAAUUCAGGGAGACGGGACAACUCCAAGUUCUAAGUGCCCACCACCAAUCUGGAGGAGAACGAUCUGUUUCAACUAUUCUUUACCUAGUUUCUCUCCAAGACCUUACAAAUUGCCCAUUUAGAGUGGUGGAUGAAAUAAAUCAAGGAAUGGAUCCUAUCAAUGAGAGGAAAAUGUUUCAGCAAUUAGUGAGAGCCGCCAGCCAACCCAAUACACCGCAGUGCUUCUUGCUUACCCCAAAGUUGCUGCCAAAUCUUGAUUACAGCGAAGCAUGCAGCAUUCUGACUGUUAUGAAUGGGCCCUGGAUUGAGGAGCCAUCCAAAGUUUGGAGUUCUGGAGAAAGCUGGAGGUCUGUGAUGGGAUUAACCUCAGUUGCCGCUGACUAGAAUCAGUAUUACUUGUGCAAGAUUCUACCAGGAAUUUGUCGAUAAGGAAAAUUUACUAUCUUUUAGUUGAUCUUCAUUUUGCCCCAUUAAAAGCUGAAUGAUACCGUUCAGCUACUGUUUUUGAAAAAUCUGUCUAUAUUGGCUCUUAAUUCUUCGUAGUGCAUAAUUUCUUACUUAUUGUAACAUAGAGAUAAUUCCUGUGUUCGAACCCCAAAUAGUUUGUCCUCCAUUCUGUUUGUUUAUAUUCAGAAAUUGUUCAUUUCUUCUAGUAGAUGAAUGCAUAUUGCUCUUCGAGUAUGAUAUGAGAAUGUCUUUCUUU